GGCGGGGCGCGGCUGCGAGGGCGAAACAUGGCGGGGCAGGUUGCUGGCGGCGGCGGCGGCGGCGGCGACUACUACUACGAGGACAAGGGCGACCACAGCGUGUUGAAGGCGGCUGUGGAGGUGUUCGGGAAGCUGAAGGACCUAAACUGCCCCUUCCUAGAGGGUCUGUAUAUCACAGAACCAAAGACGAUUCAGGAACUGCUGUGUAGCCCCUCGAAGUACCGCUUGGAGAUCCUGGAGUGGAUGUGUAUACGGGUCUGCCCCACCUUGCAGGACAAGUUCAGCUCACUAAAGGGAGCCCCAGCAGAGGUGAAGAUUCAAGAGAUGGUGAAACUAGGCCAUGAGCUGAUGCUGUGCACUCCAGACGACCAGGAGCUCCUAAAGGGCUGUGCCUGUGCCCAGAAGCAGCUGCACUUCAUGGACCAGUUGCUGGACACAGUCCGGAGCCUGACCAUUGGAUACUCCAGUUGCUCGAGGCCAAAAGAGCACUUCAUGGACACCACGGAGAAGAAUGAGGCAUUGCUGGAGGAGCUCUUCUCCAGCCCCCACAUGCAGAUGCUCCUGAACCCUGAGUGUGACCCGCGGCCCCUCAACAUGCAGACCCUCCUCAACAAGCAGAGUGACGACUGGCAGCGGGACAGCCCCUCUGCCAAGUCUGAGGAAGAGAAGGUGGCGGAGCUGGCCAGGCAGCUGCAGGAGAGCACUGCCAAGCUGCAGGUGCUCAGAGUGGAGUGCUUUGCGCAGCACAAGCAAGGGGCUGCUGUGGGUGGGGCCGACACCAGCACCCUGGACCAGAAGCUGCGCCUAGUCAUCUCUGACUUCCACCAGCUCAUCUUGGCUUUCCUCCAAGUCUACGACAAUGAGCUGGGUGAGUGCUGCCAGCGCCCAGGCCCCAACCUCCACCCGUGCGGCCCCAUCGUCCAGGCUGUGUACCAGUCUCUGACUUCCUGCAGCCAACUAUUGAAGGCAGUCGUGGAGGUCGCUGACACCUCUGGGAAAGCUGUGGAGACGGUGAGGAAGCAGCAGGGCGAGCAGAUCUGCUGGGGCAGUGACAGCUCUGUGAUGAGUCUAGCCACCAAAAUGGAUGAACUAACGCAGAAAUACAAGGUCUUCAACGACAGCCUGCACAAGGGCGCAGGCUAGCGCGGGAGCGGGA